GAUAUUGUGAAGAGUGAAGAUAAAGAUCAGAAAUCCAAAGAAAAUGGAGCAAACUCCAAGAAGUUAUAUGCGGUCAAUGUCUCACUGUACGUGCAGGCUCCAGGUGAUGUGACCCCUGUUCUCAUGAAUCCUCUCUCGCAGUCACACUCCAUUUCUCUGGCAGAAGGAAUAUGCCGUACCAUAUCAGACAUGAAUGCGGAUCUUGUGACGGUCACGCAGGAAACUUUAAUGAACCAGCUAGUGAAAAAUUAUCCAGGCAUUGCAGUCCCCUCCCACGGUAUCUUAUAUAAUAUCCUUGGCAAUCUAAUCAAAGAAAGAAAAAUCUAUCAUACGGGAGAAGGAUACUUCAUUGUGACUCCCAACACAUACUUUAUCACAAAUGAUGCCAAGGAAGACAAUAGAAGAGUCCCACUGGAGGACAGUUGUUGCUGUUCAUCGCCUUCCAUCGCUUACUUGGUAAACACUGGGCUCUGUGCAGACCUAGUGAAAGAAAACACUCCUGUGGUAUCCUGUUACAGAUCCUGCCAUUGUUUCCCUGGACAGAAUAUGCUCUGUGAAGAAAGACAUGUUCAGCUAAUGAACUAUGAAUGGAAUGGAGGAUAUAAGAAAAGCUGCAGUGAAUUGAAGCCUUCAAUCCAAACUCAAGGGAUCUCCACAUCUGCUGAAAACCAUUUCUGGGACACCAUCAAAUCACUGACAUCUGUGAAACAGAAAAUGAAAAGCAAAAAGUUUGGCCUUAGCUUUUUCUGGAGAAGUGGUUCUAAAAAAGAAAAACAUAUAGAGGAGUACUCCACUUUUUCAGCCCAGUUUCCUCCCAAGGAGUGGCCAGUCAGGGAUGAAGAUGAUCUAGAUAAUAUUCCACGUGAUGUUGAACAUGAAAUCAUCAAGCGUAUUAACCCUACUCUUACAGUUGAUAAUUUGAUUAAACACACAAUAUUAAUGCAGAAGUUUGAGGAGCAGAAAAAUUGUAUCAGUAAGGGUACCUCAGCUGAAGUGUCAAUAUUCAGGCUAAACCAUCUUUCAAAGGAUUGUAUUCAAAACACACAAAAUAAAACAGAAAAAUACACAAGGAAAACAAAAUCAAAGAAAGAGAAGCAAAUUAGCAGAAGAAACAGGACAUCUCACAUACAGGUGCUAACAUCCCAAAAUCAGAAACUGGAAGACAACCUUUUGCUGCCUAUUGGAAACCAUCAGCCAUCUGAUGUAGCAGUGGCAUCCCAUGUCAUAUAUAAAAAACAAAUUAAAAACCCUUUUCAGGGUCUGUCAUGGAGAGGCAACUAUCAGGCAAAAGGGCACAAAGGCACUAUGAACAGUCAUCUGAAGUCCAGAACUCGAAAACAAGAAAGGGCUCUACAAAGGCCACAAUCUUUGGAUUCCUCAAAACCCUUUGACUAUGAAACUGAACAGCUGGCUACAAAGACACAGGCUGACAAAGCUAAGCAAAGCACAUCACAUGCUAAUAAGUCUUCCCUCCAACUAAAGAAAGACAGUUUAAGUGAAAAUUUUAGUCAUCCACAAGGCAGUGCUCUGCAAAGAGAUAACACAAAUAAAUACUUCCUGGAGAGUAAUAUUUUGGAAAAAAACAUCUUCAGAAGAACAGUAAAAAAUCCUGGGGAUAAUAAAACAUCCCUUUACUCCUACACUGAAGAAAACAGUGAGUGCAAAGACAAUGCAAAAUUUUCACUACACCUGAAAGAUGAGCACUGCAGAUGCAAAGCUUACACUGUAUGUGGGUUAUUAGAUCAAACGGCAAAUGAAUUUCAAAAUGUCCAUCUCUCAAAUUAUACUGCCAACAUUAACCUGGUAAAAAAAAAAGGUGUGAAAUACAGACAAAAGACUGGUAAAAAGAGUGAACUUAAGUUUAAAUACGAUUGUGCAAGCCAUCCUGUAUCAAUGACGCUGGAAAGUGAUGCAUUUAUUGAUAACUGCCAACUUUUGUAUGAAAAAGCACAUGACAGUGACACCUGCAACACAUUACAUCUGGAUGACAAUUCUGAAGGCAAGGAACCAUGUCACCUGCCUCCUGGCCAUGCUUUUUCAGAUAUAAGAGACUGGAUCAAAGUUGCACAAAAGCUGGGGACAGCUAUGUCCCUAAAAAACUGUAAGGUUAAUACUUAUCCCAUCCAGUACGACAAAACUGUAACUAAACGUCACUCUGGAGACCAUGGAUAUGAGGAAAAUGCUACUUCUGCAAAAUCAACAGAUGGCUCAAAAGAGUAUCCAAAACCAGAUUUUAUGGAAGAAAGUUGUUUGUGCAGUCAGAUUCUUCCGAUAGGUCACAGAAAGGAAGAAGAAACUGGCUUUGAUGCAUGUGCAAAGGCUUCAGCUGUAGCAGAUUCCGGACACACUGAUGAGGCUGACUCAGAUGCUGACACUUUGCAGAACUUCACCUAUGAGAUGGGUGAAGUGGUGGCAUGUUGUGCUUUGGGCUCACAGAUCAAAGAAAUCAAAAACCCUCUGGGAAAAAAAGAUCUGUUGUUUAAGAAUGCAUGUACUGUGGUAUCAGGACAGACACACUCAGAACGGACAGAAAACCACAGCAUAACAGGAGACAGUGGAAUUGACUCCCCAAGAUGGACUGAAAAGAAGAUGAAGCUUCCUGUCAAAUUCUAA